CAGCUCUACCAUUGGGGUGGUCACUGGUGGUCGCAGGCCAGCGAUACUUCAAAACCAGGCCCACGAACUGGACUGAGCCCACCCUGCGCUGUCCACGGAUUACCCAAACUGCUACACGGCAUCCCGGUGAUUGCUGAUCCCUUUGCACCCUACACUGCGUUCCGCCGAGCGGAACAGCGGUGCUGCACGAAUCGAACCUGCACUCCAGUUAGACAGACUCACGUCAAUGGAUUUGGAUAUUAGUCGAACUGAACCGGGAAAUAUGAACGACGGGUUGCAGCUUCAGACACCCAGUCGACAUGAGAAGAGCCUCGGACUUCUCACAACCAAAUUUGUCACUUUGCUGCAAGAGGCGAAGGACGGAGUGCUCGACUUGAAAUUAGCUGCAGACACACUCGCCGUGCGACAGAAGAGACGCAUCUAUGACAUCACCAAUGUGCUGGAAGGCAUCGGGCUCAUCGAGAAGAAGUCCAAGAACAGCAUCCAGUGGAAGGGAGUGGGUCCGGGCUGCAACACCAGGGAGAUCGCUGAUAGGCUGAUUGACCUAAAGGCGGAGCUUGUGGAGCUGGAGCGGCAGGAGCUGGAGUUGGAUCAGCAGAGAGUCUGGGUCCAGCAGAGCAUCAAGAAUGUCACGGACGACAUCAACAACAGCCCUCUGGCGUAUGUCACGCAUGAGGACAUCUGCGGCUGCUUCAAAGGUGACACCCUGCUGGCCAUCCGCGCUCCGUCAGGAACCCAGCUGGAGGUGCCCCUCCCCGAGUCUACUGGUAAUGGGCAGAAGAAAUAUCAGAUGCAUCUGAAGAGCAGCAGUGGGCCAGUUGAGGUCCUAUUGGUCAACAAGGACCCCCAUAGCUCCACCCCUGUGGUGCUCCCAGUCCCGCCCCCAGAAGAUAUGCUCCAACCAGUGCAGCCCAAACAGGCCACACCCACCAGCAAAUCUGCACCAGCCACACCCACACAGAACACCCCCGCACUCCCCCAAGCCCCUCCCCCUAAACAGCAGACUCCGCCCAGCAGCGUAGACCCAGCGGCCUCGGAGUCAGGGUUGUCCAGUAAUAGCUCCAGUGCCCUCAGCUUAACCCCGCCUCCAGACAACCCAUCUGCCAAGGAAGCCUCCUCAUUGGACACUCUUCAGUCCUCCGCCUUAUUGGACAGCAGCUCCUCUCUCCCUGCCUCCAAUGCUGUCUUUGAACCAAUCAAAUCUGAUGCCUUGUUGGACUUCCCCAAGGAGAUGUCCGAGAUGUUUGACCCAACUAAAGAGAGUACUGAUCUUCUGGACGACCUCAUGGCUUCUGAGGUCUUCUCCCCACUGCUGCGGCUCUCUCCCCCGGGUGACCAUGACUACAUCUACAAUCUGGACGAGAGUGAAGGCUUGUGUGACUCUUCGAUAUCUUAUGACCUCACUGGCCUGUGA